UCUUGUCCAAAACCAACCACUUCAGCCCAUAGGAACAUCAAAAAAAUCCAUGCAACAGCAACAACAAGAAGAAAAAUAUCACAGCUUUAUUUAUAUAUACUUCAAUAAUCUCUUCCCCAACAUAAAUUUUCAUCAUGUGGAGAUCAUAUCAAUCAAUGAGAAGAACAAUAUCAAGAUCAUCAUGCUUCUCUACUUCUACUACCAAAUGGUGGGACCAUGUGGCCCCUGCUCCUGUGGACCCUAUCACCAGUGUCACUCAAGCUUUUCUUGCUGACCCUGCUCCUACCAAGAUCAAUCUUGGAGUGGGAGCUUAUAGGGAUGAUGAAGGCAAACCUGUUAUACUGCAAUGUGUUCGACAAGCUGAGGCUAAGAUUGCCGGUUCUGACUUCUUGGAGUCUGUUUCAUCUUCAGUGAGUUCAAAAUUGGUCGAAGAGAGUGUUAAAUUAGUUUACGGUCAGGAUUCAGAUGUUGUAGCAGAAGGGAGAUUUGCUGGAGUUCAAGCACUCUCUGGAACUGGGGCAUGUCGCCUCUUUGCCGAGUUUCAGAGACGUUCCUAUCCUGAAUCUCGAAUUUAUUUGCCCGAUCCUACAUGGUCCAACCACCAUAAUAUAUGGAGAGACGCCCAAGUUCCCUGCCGUACUUUUUGCUACUACGAUACGGGUUCAAAGGGUUUAAACUUUGCUGCUCUCAUUGAUGAUAUCAAGAACGCCCCGGAUGGCUCAUUUUUCCUGCUUCACCCUUGUGCUCACAACCCUACCGGGGUUGAUCCUACUGAGGAACAAUGGAGAGAAAUUUCAUAUCAUAUCAAGGUAAAGAAUCAUUUCCCCUUCUUCGACAUGGCCUAUCAAGGUUUCGCAAGCGGAGACCUUGACAGGGAUGCUCUGUCCAUCCGUAUAUUCCUCGAAGACGGACACUUGAUAGGCUGUGCCCAAUCCUUUGCAAAGAACAUGGGACUAUACGGACACCGAGUUGGCUGUCUCAGUAUUCUCUGUAAUAAUAGAAAAGAAGCAGUUGCAAUUAAAAGCCAAUUGCAGAAUAUUGCAAGGGCAAUGUAUAGCAGCCCUCCAGUUCAUGGCAUUUUACUAGUCUCAACUGUCCUGAGUGAUCCAGAUAUUAAGGAACUUUGGAUUCAAGAGGUUAAGGCCAUGGCAAAUCGCAUUCGAGAAAUGCGGACUGAUCUGCACGAAAGCCUUCUAAGAUUAGGAUCUUCUCUCGAUUGGGAACAUAUAACAAACCAGGUCGGGAUGUUUUGCUUCUCCGGCUUAACUGCGGAACAGGUCAACCGGAUAGUGAGCGAAUACCAUGUUUACAUGACUAUUGAUGGACGCAUGAGUAUGGCCGGUGUUACGACAGGCAAUGUAAAAUAUUUAGCAAAUGCAAUACAUGAGGUCACCAAAUAAAGUCAGGACUCAGGAGUGGUAGAUCUGUUCAAGCAGUCUCAAUCAGCGUAUUUUUGUGACUUCAUGAGGAUGAUCUAUAAACCAUCCGAUUUUAACUCUUCGGAAACUGAAAAGAGAUUGAAAAAGUCUGUUACCUUUUUUACAAAAAAAAUUGGAGACAUUUGGAAAUCGAACAUGAGACUUAUAAUGUCUGGAGAAAUAUUAAAAAGAAUAACUUUAGAAAGUCAACCAAACACGACACUAGACUCUUGUUUUUUUCAUUACAAUGGGAAGGAAGAAUCGAAAUAUAGUAUUUUUAUCCAUGUGGAGACUGUUAUCGUAGCGUAUUGAGAAAUUUUUAAGUAGAUUCAG